AUGUCUUUAAUUAGGGUGGUGCCGGAAAACAUACUUGUAGAUUUAAAAGAGAAAAAACCUGAAAGUGAUUCAAAUAUCAAGCAGGUAUACAAUGCAUGUUAUCAAAAUAACAUGGCGAUAAGAGGUCCAAGAUCUGAAAUGCAACAACUUUUGAAGCUUUUGGAUGAUAACCAAUAUGUUUCUAGAUAUAAAGUUUGUGAGGAUAAAUUCACUGCUCGUGUCAUAUUCUGGACUCAUCCCGAAAGUAUCAAGUUAUUCAACACAUUUCCCAUUAUCCUCAUAAUUGAUUCAACGUUUAAGACCAGCAGGUAUAGGUUUCCGCUUCUGGAAAUUCUUGGUGUUACUUCUACAGAGAAUACUUUUUUAGCGGGAUUUUCAUUUUUGAAAUCCAAAAAAGAGGUCAAAGUUACAUGGGUCUUGGAAAUGUGCAAGACUUUGUUGAAGGGCCAAUAA